GUGUAGAGCAACAGUUCACUCGUCCGCUCGUAGAGUGUCACUGCUCUAGAGCUCUGGCAGGCAGUGCAGGCACCUUUACUUUACUACCUUCAAAGCAUUCAAAAACCUCCACUCAUACGGGCUGCUUCUACAGGAUGAGCACUUAUCCACAUUUCCUCUGGACAACUUAAGACCUUUGCUAUUUCAAGAAAAAAGAGUGAGGCAACUUCACUUCAAGUCACUGGCUGAACGGAUACUCUUGCUCCAAACCUGUAGGUGCUGUUGGACAUAUCCAUGACACUUGCUGCUGCCGCUGCUGGAGAAGCCUGUUCCUUGAGAAGCCCAUCCCUUGAGACAAAUGAUGGCGAAGUGAAAGGGAAUCACUGGCGUUCCUUUCUGUUCAAGGUCUGGACACACGACGGCAAGCUUGAAUACGAACCUGCAUUGAAUUAAAACUCAACGUAUGACCUUCUGGCAGAGAUAAACAUCCGAGGGAGAAAUGCAUAUAAGGAAUGUGAUGUUUCUCCUCGCCAGUGCUUGUCCGGCAUCCUAACCCUGAGUCGUUUCUCGGACUCUAAGCUCCUAAUGAUCAGCAUGCUACACAAUCAAAUUUCUUCAAACAUGACCACCGAACCAGCAGAGGAAGCUCCAUAUCACCAUGCCUAUGGUCCAGGGAUCCUGCUCCCUGUGGUGAUCAUCCUCCUGAUGAUCAUUGUGGGCAACUUGCUGGUCAUCAUUGCUAUCGCACGGACUUCCCAGCUCCAGACUGUGACCAACAUCUUCAUUAUGUCUCUGGCAUUUGCCGACCUCAUCAUGGGCGUACUGGUGGUGCCACUUAGUGCCACCAUUGCUGUGACCGGCAACUGGCUGCUCGACAAAACGUCCUGCGAUUUGUGGACUUCAGUGGACAUCCUCUGUGUGACGGCGAGCAUAGAAACUCUCUGUGCAAUCGCUGUGGACCGAUACAUCGCGAUCACACGACCUCUGCGCCACAAGGUUCUACUGAACAAGUGCCGUGCCAGGCUGAUCGUCUGUGUGAUUUGGGUGGUCUCUGCCCUCCUGUCCUUUCUCCCCAUCAUGAACCAACUGUGGCGCUCUGAUCAUCCAAAAGUCAAAGAUUGCUACUCUAACGAAAAAUGCUGCGACUUUCUUGUCAAUGAAGUCUUCGCCAUAAUUUCUUCCGUCAUUUCAUUUUACAUCCCGCUGUUCAUUAUGAUAUUUGUCUAUGCCAAGGUCUUCCGUAUUGCAACCAAGCAGAUCAAGCUUAUAGACAAAAGUCGAUCGAGGUUUAAAAAUGAGUGUGCAACCAGCCAGGCACUUCCUCCUGUCCCUGGCAACAACAACCUGCCGUUGUCUUAUAAUAGUGCCGGUGCCCCCGUGGCCAAGCGAAAGAGCUCCCGUCGACGGCCUUCCAAAUUAACAGUUAUAAAGGAGCACAAGGCCUUGAAGACCUUGGGAAUUAUCAUGGGCUGCUUCACACUCUGCUGGCUGCCCUUUUUUGUAGCCAACAUCAUCAAUGCCUUUGAGCCGACAAUAAUAUCACAAGGGACUUUCCUAUUGUUGAACUGGCUGGGCUACUUCAAUUCAGCUCUGAACCCCAUAAUCUACUGUCGAAGUCCAGAGUUCCGUGCUGCAUUCAAGAGCCUCCUGGGCUGUCCAUGGAUGCAACUGCCACGCGUGAACUCCCUCUAUAAGGAGUUCAGGACUCGCUGCCCCUGUUUCCUAGGCACUGCGGAGACAGGCAUGGCUGGAUCUUUCCAGAAAGCUCCCUCAUCCCCAGGAACAAGCCCGGACCCAGUACCAUGGGGAGAUGGGGAGGAAAGCCUAGGAAGCAGCCAGAGCAGUGGCCAGAGCGAGGAGCCAUCACCAGGUCCACCGUACUCCAACGGCAGCACACACUUCAGCGAAUUCUCCGAGACCGGCACAGAGUUCUCCACUUUACAGGAGCAGGAUGACUGAGAAAGCACAGCCUGGCUGAUCCGCAGCGAGAGGAAGACCGACCUGCACUUUCUCACCGGCUGUUCAAGCACUAUCACGAUGUGCACAGAGUCUCCAAACGCCUGUGAUUAAACUGACAAAACAAAAGCAGAUGUUAAACGCUGAUUCCACAGUGGACUAAUAAACACGCGGGAGUGGACGCAGAGUCCGGCCUGCUGUCGCUCUUCGGCUCUUUUAGUCAGGUUCUGCUGAAGAACCCGGAUCGGUCUGGGCCGACUCCUACAGCGCUCUGCUCUUUACCUGAACUGUGUAUUUCUGGAUGAUUCCUUUUCCAAGCUUGGACUUUUGGAGAGCAUCUGGUGGAGCACGCCUGCAAAACUUUGAAAAAAAAAGCACAAUGGAUGUAGCCUCUGGUUUUGAAUCUAAGAAAAGUGGCAGUGGAAAGCAAGUUUUGUACUCCUGUUAAAUUAUUUUCUAUUUAUUUUUUAUUCCUGAAUCUGUGAAUGCAAAACGUAAAAAAAAAAGAAAAAAGAAAAAAAGAAAACAAAGGCUUACGAGAACAAUGCAGGUAUGUUGUGAUGUUGUCCAUGUUCGUACAGAUUAAGCCUCUGUCUGGUGGUGUUGUGUAUAUUUUGGUAGCUGAUACGAUGUUUGCUUUAGUCUCUGAAGCGUUGUCUAUCGUUCAUUUUCAAGACUGUGCCCAAGAUUUCGCCUCCAGUACAUUACAUUUGCAUUACACUACCAUCAUCACCAGCUGGACUUCAGAAACAAGAACUAAAAAAAAACCUAAAAAAAUCACCUCAUUCCCACCUUCUGUUCCAUUUCUUCAUCUUCAGUGCUGCUAAACGUGUAAUUUUUGUACUGAUAUUAUUAUUGCCAUUUCUUCAUUUCUUCGGAUUGACGAGCACUAAUCUGCAACACUUCCAGUGUAUAGGGCACGACGCACAAUGUUGUUCUGUAUGAUGCUUGUAUUUUUUUUAUGUUUUAUCCCCCCUAAAUAAAAGUCACAGGGUAGGACUGUGUCCAGUCACAAUGAUGGGUCAAGAAACACGAAGAACAUUAAGCGAAUUGAAGCGAAUUAAUGACCUUUCCACCAAAGCGAGUCUCAUUAUCAGGUGCAACCGAAGAGGCUUUUUCAUUUUUGCCAGAGAGAGAGAGAGAGAGAGAGAGAGAGAGAGACAGAGAGUAAGAAAAUUGCCAAGUAAUAAGACAAAAUGAUAGUAAUAACGACUGAAACAUCUUCUGUGGAUAUCUCAGGAUAUUUGUUGCGCCCUCCAAUACCAGAUAAUGAGUGAAUGAUUUCUUCUUGUCCAGAGUAAUCACCAGUGUCCCUACUGUUGUUUUUUUUUGUUUGUUUUGUUUUUUAGCUAUGUAUAUAACUCCUUGUUCAAUGUGAUUUUGGUGUAAUAUAAGUGGAGCAGAAAAGAAACUGCAAAAAUAAAUAAAUGCUCAGAAAUAAUAAACAGAAAAAACAAACAGA